CAAGGCAUGAGACAGCAACGGUAACAAGGAUUAUUUAUCGACAAAACGUUUUGCUAAAACAAACACUCAAUAGAGAAAAGUAUUAAUAUACAGAAAUACAACAUGGGUGAUAAUUCUAUUUGUUCAUUAUCCUUCAAUUUGUAUGAAGAACAAGACGAUAAGGAAAUGACAUUGGAUAUAUCCAACCAAGGCUUAUCGAUUUUACCAAAAAUUGAAAACAAAAUGCUAUGCAUACUUUAUCUACAAAAUAACAAAAUUCAAGAUCUACCCGAUGAUUUCUUUGAAUGUUUGCCGUACCUGACUUGGUUUGAUAUGAGAGACAAUGAACUAAGUUGUAUUCCAAAAUCAAUUAAAAAUCAUCAAAAUCUAAGUCAUUUAUUGCUCCAGAAUAACAAAUUAUCGACAUUGCCAAAUGAAUUAGGCACUGUAAUUAAUUUGAAAGUACUUCAAAUAAGUGGCAAUCCUUUGACAUAUCCACCGAAAGAGAUUAUAAAUGCUGGGACUGGAAAAAUAGUUCAAUUUCUAUUUAAGAAAUUUACUGAUGAACAAGAUUCACAAUUGCGUUCAGCAUCUAUUGCAGAUGAGAAUUCAAGUCUUAACACCAAACUCCUAUCAGAAAGUGACCUCAAAAGCUACAAUUCAGUAUAUGAAGAAAAUUUGAAAGGCCGUCAGUAUCUUUCAGUACUAUUAAGCGAAAAAGAUGUGUCCGAGUCAGAAAUAGAAUUUUAUAGUAAAAAUAAAGGAAAGUGCCCAAAGUUAGCCACCAGUAGAAAGAAAACGUCGCCAUGUCAUACUCAAAGUUCAAAAUACCUUAAGCCGGUGUACGCACGCAGCAAAGAAAAACAAGAUGCUAAAAUCACGCAAACCUAUUUAAGUGAGAGAGCGCUGAAGAAACAAAAAGAUUUGAUGGCUAGUAAAGAUAAAAUCCUGCAGAGCAGAAAGAACUUGGAACUUUUGAAGAACUUUCGUAAAACUUAUAGGACGAACCAAUUGUCUAUGGCAAGGGGAAGUACACAUUAUAAGCGCACCGCGAAUGACUAUCCGUACGACACUAAUCCUGAAUAUAUGACUCUUUUGACUAGAGACGAUAUAGAAAAGGAUCUACCGGAUAAGUAUAAAAAGAGACUAUGGCGUAGACCCAAGCCUACCGUACCACGGAAGAAAAACGGCGAUGUGCAUUUAGCAAUGAAAAUCAAAAAGUUAUUUGAAACUUUGGAAGCUAUAGAUUUGAAUAAACGGGAAAUGACACCGAGGACAGAGCAGAAAAUGCUCUUAAAUGAGAUCCACAAGAUAACGGAAAUUAAACAAAAACUAAUGGAACUGCAAGCGAACAAUUCAAAAUCAGUGGAGAACGAUAAGCUUCCAAUCUCAUAG